UUGCCGCAGGGCAGGCAAAGGUGAGACAAGUCACGGGCCGAUAUGUCGGCCACCAAAGGACUCUGAACAUUGGAGCGGAUAGAGCUAAAAAUGCACCUCAAUGGUCCCAGCGGGCCACUGGCCCUAAUGAACGACAGCUCCGGCGGAGAUGGAUCCGUCUUCCCCAUGGGACAUAGUUAUCCUGCAGAGUACCAGCAUCUGGUGCACGCCCACUGGCGAGGAUUUCGGGAAGCACCGAUUUACUAUCAUGCAGGCUUUUACAUCGCCUAUGUUGUCCUUAUGAUAUCAAGUCUUUUCGGUAAUGGAUUGGUCAUCUGGAUUUUUUCCACGUCUAAAUCUCUGCGAACUCCCUCCAACCUGCUGAUUCUGAACCUGGCCAUUUUCGAUCUGUUCAUGUGCACCAAUAUGCCACACUAUCUGCUUAACGCUGCCGUUGGCUAUAUUGUGGGGGGAGAUCUCGGCUGCGAUAUAUAUGCUCUGAACGGAGGCAUUUCUGGAAUGGGAGCCUCCAUAACGAAUGCAUUCAUUGCCUUCGAUAGGUACAAGACCAUAUCAAAUCCCAUUGAUGGACGAUUGAGUUAUGGACAGAUAGUCCUCUGCAUUCUCUUCACCUGGCUGUGGGCCACGCCGUUUUCCGUUCUGCCCUUGUUUCAGAUCUGGGGACGCUAUCAGCCAGAGGGCUUCCUGACCACCUGCUCCUUCGAUUAUCUGACAAACACGGACGAUAACCGGCUGUUUGUGCGUACGAUAUUCGUGUGGUCCUACGCGAUUCCGAUGACCAUGAUCCUAAUAUCCUACUACAAGCUCUUCACCCACGUCCGCACCCACGAGAAGAUGCUGGCGGAGCAGGCCAAGAAGAUGAAUGUCAAGUCACUGUCUGCCAACGCCAAUGCCGACAACAUGAGUGUAGAGCUCCGAAUAGCCAAGGCGGCAUUGAUAAUCUACAUGCUGUUUGUCCUGGCCUGGACCCCGUACUCCGUGGUGGCGCUAAUUGGAUGCUUUGGAGAACAGCACCUUAUUACGCCCGUCGUUUCCAUGCUGCCCUGCCUGGCCUGCAAAUCGGUAUCCUGCCUAGAUCCUUGGGUUUACGCCACCAGUCAUCCGAAGUACCGACUGGAGUUGGAGCGCCGCCUGCCAUGGCUGGGCGUCCGCGAGAAGCAGAACAUCUCCGGAUCAUCUGGCGGCCAGGAGAGUGUGGCCAGUGUCAGUGGCGAUACGUUGGCUCUCAGUGUCCAGAAUUAAGGAGUAUCGUGAUGGAUUAGUGAAAUGGAUAUGAACAUGUAUUUAUGAGUUGAUUAUUUCUAAGAUGCAAUGAACUGCAAGAGUUCCAAAAAAUACAAACCAAAAAAAGCUGGCAUUUAAAAA